AUGUCGGUUCUUGGGAGGCACGGAGCUCUGAGUCUCCGCGAAUUGACCUUGUCAACACCAGCUACGGUAGUAAGCUGUUGCACGCGGUCUUUCUCCGUGAAUAAUCGCCCGCCGCCAAAGUAUCCCGGCCAUGUCCCGUUGAACUUCGUCGAGCGUGGUGCUCUAGCUGUUGGAUCUGCCGUAGGAGCUCUACUGAAUCCUCGGAGAGCAGACAACCGUGCGCUAACACCAACGCCCGAGAAUUAUAUAGAUCUCAUCGCAGCAUGUGGAGAAGCAACCGCAACUCCCUACUUCAUCUACCGUCUCCGUGAUGCCAUGCUCUCGGAUCCAACCGGCCGUCAGAUCCUCCGCGAACGUCCGCGCAUCACCUCCGAAACCCUCCCCCUACCAUACCUCCGCUCUCUCCCCGAGAACUCCGUCGGUCGCACCUAUGCCGCCUGGCUAGACCGCGAAGGCGUCUCCCCUGACACGCGCGACAACGUCCAGUACAUCGACGAUGAGGAAUGCGCAUACGUUAUGCAGCGCUACCGGGAGUGCCACGACUUCUAUCACGCAGUGACAGGCCUGCCGACCUUCGUUGAGGGGGAGAUAGCGCUGAAGGCGUUUGAAUUUCUAAAUACGCUUAUUCCCAUGACAGGGUUGAGUAUGUUUGCUGCUGUGAGGUUGAAGCCUGCGGAGCGGGAGCGGUUCUUUGCGUUGUGGUUACCGUGGGCGGUCAGGAGUGGGCUUGCAAGUAAGGAGUUGAUUAAUGUUUAUUGGGAGAAUAUUUUGGAGAAAGAUGUGGAUGAGUUACGGAGUGAGUUGGGUAUUGAAAAGCCCCCGGACAUGAGGGAGAUCAGGCGGAUGAUUAGGGAGCAGAAAAAGCGGGAGAAGGAGAGGUUGCAGCAGAGUCCAUAG